UUGGAAGGGAUUUCACUUGGAGGUCGUGGCCUCAAGUCUCAUCCAGGACAUCACCUUAAGAACACUGGCCGAUACUCCAGCGCAGUCCUGAGGGAAUGCCAAUGAGACUUCAAUCCAAACCCGCAAGUAUUUUGAAGAGCAGGGGAGUUACUCUCGGUCAGAGACAUGCAGCGCGGAACAGAUCCUUCGGCCCAACUCCAUGCUGACACGGUUUCCUGAAAUGAACGCGUCCCGUUUCUCUGCAUUUGGCCCACAUCCCUCUAAACCUUUCCUGUCCGUGUACCUGUCCAAAUGUCUUUCAGUUCAAUACCAUCCUUCCUAGUGCAGGGUGAGAAGAAUUGUACGCAGUAAUCAAAAUGUGGCCUCAGCAAUGUGAGCACAGCUGUAACAUGAAAUCCCAGCUCCUGUACUCAGCGCUGUGACUGAUGAAGGCAAGCAUUCCAAACACUGCGUUCACCACCUCUCCCCCUGUGAUGUGGCUUUCAAGGAAGUACGUAACUCUUUCUGUUGGAAAGCACUCCCCAGGGCCUUACCGUAAACUGCGUAUGUCCUGCCAUGAUUUGUAAGACCUAAAACGCAGUACCUGCAUGUGCCUUGGUCAAUAUUAAUCCCUCAUUCAGCGGUACAACAUUUAGACGAUCUAUUCACAUCUGUGUUUCUGGGAGCUUGCUGUGCAUAUUGCUGUUUUUCCUACAUUGCAACAUUGAUUAAACUUCAGAAAUACUUCAUAGACUGUCUGUAAAGUGCUUUGGGAUGUCAUCAAAGGUGCCAUGUAAAUAAACAGCAGCAAAUUUACAGGUGACAGGCCCAUUUGACCCCAUCGUGGGGCUUGUUGGGGGCGACGUGGUCCUGGAUUGCGUGCUGGUCACGGCUGCAACCCCAGAGAAUAUGGAAGUCCGCUGGAUUAACAUGGAGUAUGGCUACAACUUGCCUGUCCACGUGUACAAAAAUAGAACGGACGACCUAACAUUUCAGCCUUCAGCCUACAGAGGGCGGACUGAGAUGUUUUUCAAUGAAAUGGCACAGGGGAAUCUUUCGCUCAGGCUCAAGGAUGUCAGGGUCUCUGACAGGGGACAGUACAAGUGCUUCGUGGCGUCCAAUGACAAGCACAACAAUAUCAAAGUGACCCUGGAUGUGACAGGUACAGGCCCCCAGCCCUGGAUCAAGAUGGAGGUUUAUGUGCACAAUGGCAUCACACUGGGCUGCAUGUCAGAAGGGUGGUACCCACAGCCACCCAUCUUGUGGUUGAAUGGAGAUGGAGAGAACGUGACAGCCCAGCAGCAAAUCACAUACCAGCCAGAUGCUCAGGAACUGCUCACGGUCAGCAGCUUCAUCAAGAUCUCCAAGCAGUCCACCAACAAAUACACUUGUAUCAUUAACAACGUGAUGCUGAAGGAGAGACAGGAGGCUCACAUCCAGAUCACAGGUCUGUCACAGUGGGAGAAGAUCUUCACAGAUACACAGCAAACUGGGGGACAAGGCUUGAACCUGAUUGUAGAGGAAGAUGCCUUCUUCCAAGAGUGUAAACUGACGUCGCCAUUCUGGAUCAUCAUAACCAUGCUUGCUUUGUUAGCCUUAACGAGCUGUGUGUUCCUUGCGUUACGUAUAAAGGCAAUGAAAAGAGCAUCCCAAAGACAAAGAAAAAAUGUUGAAUUGAAGUGAUUUGAGAACUGUACAGCUGCUGUGAAUAUGGACCCUGAAACAGCCAAUGUGAAUCUGAUGAUGUCUCCAAUUAGACAGUGUGUGAAACAUGGAGAGGUAUCAAACGUCCCCGAUAACCUAGAGGGGUUCUUCUCUAUGUAUUUGGUCAGGCAACAUGAACAAGAGUGUUCAUUCAUUCUUUCGGCCCCACGAGCUUGCAUGGCUGAUCUGAUUGUAACCUGAAAUCCACAUUCCUGCCUACUGCUGAUAAUCUUUCACCCCACUACCACCAACCAAGAUUCUAUCUUUAACUUAAAUUUUCAGGGACUCUGUUUCCAUUAGCUUUUCAGGAAGAGAGUUCCAAAGACUUACCACUCAAGAAAAAAAAAAUCACCUCAUCUGCGUUUUAAACAUCAGGAGCCAUACAUUCAAAUAGUGACUCCCCUUAUUGUACAACAUAAGGCAAUACUUAAUGGUAUUAUUGCUAGAUUAGUAAUCCAGAGACCCCAGGUAAUGUUCCAGAGACCUGGUUCAAAUUGCACCAUGGCAAAUGGUAGAAUCUGAAUUGAACAAAAAUAGUCUAAAAUAAGAGUCAAACAAUUGUUAAUUGUCAGAAAAACCCAUCACUUUUGCAAAGAAUUAGUAAAGGCCUCAAACAACAUUGGUAUAAAAUCCUGAAGAAGUUUUUUGAAACUGAGUACGUUUAUUCUUUGGUGAUCGAGAAAUUAAAGUCACAGUCAUCUUAAGCUUAUCGCAAUGUUACAAAGCAUUUUAUUUCCCCACUCUGGGGUGAGUACCAUACAAAAGAUGUCUUGUUGGUAAUUUGUAAAGGAGUGUUAUGGAAUUAUACUUUAAACUGUUAAAAGUUCUGGAAUAUUUAAUAGCAUGAUUAUAUACUUCCAUUUAUUUUGCUUAAUA